UUGAGGCUAUGCACACUUCUGUUAGGAGUGAGCGUCGGAAAAAGUCGGAGGCAGAGGGUGUAGUUCAAGAUGAGCUAGAGUACAAUCAGAUGGACGUGGAGCAUCAGGUGGAGGAUGAUGCUGAGGCAAUGGAGGAUGAUGGCCAGUAGCAGCGGCGGCGGAGGGGGAAGCGUGUGCCGGCGCCAGACCUUGAGCCUUUGGAUGACUAUCCAGGUGGCCUACACGACAUUACCCUACUGACGAGGUACCAUGUGCAUGUGGCCAUGAAGGUGUUUGAGGGCGAGGUACAUAUUAAUGUGAAACUUUAAUGAUUGUAAACUGUUGUUAAUCUUUGUGAAACUAAUGUUAAUGUUUUGUUUUUAAUUUUUUGUGGCGAGCCAAUUUAAAAUGCAUUAACAAUGGGAAGAAGAUUGAUUCGAUGCAUGACGAGGAUACCAGGCCUAUCAUGAAUGCACAGUGGUGGCGUGAUGGACUGAGUGCCACCGGUCUUUCUUGGCUUAAGGAUACCAGCUACAACCGGAUUGACCACGACCUGAUUUCUACAUUUGCGGAGAGGUGGCACGAGGAGACAUCAAGCUUCCAUCUUCCAUUUCGGGAGAUGACAGUGACACUUAAUGAUGUGCAUGUUUGCUCCAUCUUACCAUUGAUGGUAUGUUUUUGUCACACGAGAGUAUGGCAAGGGACAAUGCGGUGGAGAUGAUGAUGCAGUAUUUGGGGUCUUCUCCGGAAGAUGCUCUUGAUGAGGUGAAUGAGACUAGAGGUGCACAUGCACAAUUUAGCUACUUGAGAAGGAUUUUCAAGGGGCGCCUUUUGCAGCACUUGGAGGCUGAUAAUGAGGGUGGUAUGAAGGAGGAGGUGCAAAAGUUGUGGGACCAAACUCUCCGCAUAUAUUUGAUGUACUUGGUGGGGAUCACGUUAUUCACUGACAAGAGCACCACCUAUGUGGAUGUUGUCUAUCUGAGGUACUUUAGAGAAUUGGAGGUUGUUGUUGGUUAUUCGUCGGGAGCUGCUGCACUAUCACACUUGUAUAGGGAGCUUAACCAUGUUGCCCAUUGGAACUGCAAGCAUCUGCUAGGAUACUUGACUUUGUUGCUGGCUUGGGUUUAUAAGCACUUCAGCGUGUAUAAGCAGCAAGGAUGCGUGGGGUGGAUAUCGGGAUAAUCAGCAUCCACGCGCCAUGUUUUUUGCACCACGGAUGAGUUUGUCUACACCAAACAAGUACAGAGGUUACCUGGAUGCGCUGGAUCUAAAAAAGUAACAGUAAUAAUUUUUUUAUAAAAAAACUCGUAAUGUUAAAGGUCUUUUCUAUUCAAUGUUUGUUCAUGUGGUCUUACAAAAAAUUAGAGAUCUUGCUAGGGAGGUUGAAGCAAAGGCUUUACAAGAUUCACCCUUGAACCUUUAUAUCAUGACAUAUGUUUGUUCAUGUUUUCUCAAGUGGCUUUACGUACGACAAAUUUGAGAUCUUGCUGUGGAGUAUGAAGCAAAGAAUUACAAGAUUCAUUCUUGGGCCAAAUAUGUGAGAUGUCUAUUAACCAUUGG